AUGGCGUCCUCUCUCGAGAAACAGAUCCACGUAGAAGAGCACAUCCCGGAGCGCUGUGCGGAGCAGUGGGACUACCAAUUCCCCGUUGUGAACCAACAGCAUUGCCUGAUGUCUAUCGUCGACUGCGAGGACCCACAGAAGCCCUCCGCCAUCAAAGUCUUCGGGUGCUACCCCUCUGUCGACGCGGCAAACGCGGCGGCGGCCAAGAUAAGCUCCGAGUGCGACUUCUUCCACGUGUACGUUUGCCCCACCAAUGCCUGGGUGCCCGUCCCCCCCUCCCCCGAGUUUAUAGAGAACGUACAAUACCAAGAGUCCCGGAUGAGAGAAAUUCAGGAAACUUUCGCGGCUCUGAAGGACCGCAAAGCCCAGGACGUCAUCCGUCACCUCAACAAGGAGUCGGGAGUUUCGGAAGAAAAGUAUGGAUUAGAGUGA